AUGUUCCCCCAGCAGCGGUUCCUCCCGUUCGGCCAGUGGGGGUACAAAUUACUGAUUCAGAAGAACUGGAAGGUGGCGUUGAAUCCCCCCCCAUUGAACCGGACUUUCCCUCACAUUGAGGAAGACGAUUACAGCACGAUCGAUCUUCCUGCAGAGGAUUCGGAUUACAAGGAGGGAAGGCAUCGCAUAAAUACAAAAGGACUGAGGACUCUUGUUAGACGUCGCGAUAGACAGCAGGAUGCUACCAACGAUGGGAUAAUCUGGACGGUUGCUGGGAUAGCAGUCAAGAGAGCUGCUGACACAGUCGCGGUUGCUGGGGGAGGAGGUGGUGGAGUUGAAGGAGGUGGAGGAGGUGGUGGUGGUGGUAGUGGUGGUGGUGGUGGUGAUGGUGGUGGUGGUGGUGGUGGUGGUCUAGGACCUUCUCCUCCUCCGGAUGGCAGUGGUGGUGGAGAACCAGCUGGAGGUAGUGGUGGUGGUGGAGGUGGUGGGCCAGCUGGAGGCGGUGGAGGCGGUGGUGGUGGUAAUGGUGGUGGGCAUCAUUAG